AAGGAACAUUGUGCCUGAAGAGCUGGAUUAUUAAAAGGUCUCUCAGUGGAAUCAGGGAGAAAAUUUAUCAAAACCUGCGAGGACUCGUUUUAGCGGUCAUCCUUGUGGUAACAGUUGUCAUUGUGCAGGUAACAAUGCUGAGGUACCAGAAUCUCGUUCCUGAGAAGAAUUACCAGGACAGACAGAAAGGCAGUAAGAGUAUGUCCUCCCGGGGACGGGGAGCCUUCUGGAUGGAGUAUGACAAUGGAUCGCACAUUGACAACAGCUUGGUCCAAGGAUGGGACGUUAUAACUGCCAACUGCUCUGCCAACUCCAGCAUGGUCAGCAUGCCGUGGUUUGCUGGAGUGGGGGAACGUAUCCAGCGGUUCCUGUUGUACCGGCACUGUAGGUACUUCCCCAUGAUCUUUAACCAUCCAGAGAAAUGCGGAGAAGACAUCUAUCUCCUGAUGGUGGUCAAGUCCGUGAUCACACAGUACAAGCGCAGGGAGGCCAUCCGCAGGACCUGGGGGCAGGAGAAGGAGAUCAGGGGCAAGAAGAUCAGGCUCCUGUUCCUGCUGGGGACAGACUCCAAAGGAGAACAGCAGGCUCACCACCAGAAGCUCCUGGAGUACGAGGACAGGGUGUUUGGGGACAUUCUCCAGUGGGACUUUGAAGACAGUUUCUACAACCUCACCCUCAAGGAGGUCGGCUUCCUAAAGUGGUUUUCCAUCUAUUGUCAAAGCGUGCCGUAUAUCUUCAAGGGAGACGAUGAUGUCUUUGUAAACACUGUCAAUGUAGUAGAAUUUCUGGAAAGUAACAAGAACACAACAGACUUGAUCACUGGGGAUGUCCUUACAACCUCUGCUCCAAACAGAGACAGGAAUAGCAAAUACUUCAUCCCAGAAGUGAUGUUCAGUGAGACUUUUUACCCUCCAUAUGUAGGAGGAGGAGGGUUCCUCAUGGGAGGCCCCUUGGCUAUGAGGAUGUACGGCGCUUCUAAUGAGCUGGAACUCUUCCCUAUUGAUGAUGCGUUUAUAGGCAUGUGUCUCAGAGUGCUCCAGGUCAGCCCCAUGCAUUACAGUGGCAUCAAGACACUGGGCAUCAAGGUUAAAAGCGGAGGAAAUGGGAUGAACAAAGACCCCUGUUUAUACCGUAACUUGCUGCUGGUCCAUAAGUUGGCUCCUGAUGAGCUGAUUCAAAUGUGGGAACAGGUGAACAGCAACCUCAUCUGCACACAGGCAAAGUAUAUAGAAUAGAGGAACAAGUAAAGGUUCUUCCAUGCUGAAAGGAGAAAAGCUGUGGAGGUCUGAAGAUAGAGCUUAGGGUAGAUAACAUAGCUUCAGGUUUUUCACUGAUUAAGUACCUGCCCACAGCUCAAGAAGAUGAGAUACAAGUCUACAUACAGUCCCUUGCAAAAGUAUUCACACCCUUGCUGUGGUGUCCUUUUUUGUGAAACUACAAAAUAAUGCCUAGACAUUUUUUAAUCUUAAUAUUUUAUUCAAAACCUGAAAGUCUGAAGGGAGAGUGAGUUAAGGAACGGACAGCCAGAGUAACCGUCUAUAAUAAAGGGAAAAAAAAACAGUUAUCUGCCCACGGGUCAAGAAGAUCCGAAAUGAAACUGUGUAAAAUCCCUUGCAAAAGUAUUCAGACCCUUCCUCUGGCUUCUAACUUUGUGAAAUUACAAGAUAACGCUUACAUGUUUUUCAUGAACAAUAUGUGAAGAUUUCUUUGUAAACAUAAAAUGUAAUGGCACUUUUUUACCAGAAACAGUGAAGAAUCAAGAACAGUCAAUUAUCUUUUAAAGCCUACACAGAUAGAUUAGGAUUGGGAAUUAGGAAUAUUAUAAUGUGCAACAUGGCAUAAGUAGAAUAUCAAAUAUUUGAAGAUUUUGCUAGCAUAAACAUAUAAAUUAAUAUGAAGGCUGAUCAGCUCAAAAGCGCCAGGUAAUGAAAACGUGAUAGAAGUUGGAUAGUUACAUUAGUUGAAAUGAAUUGAAUUUGGAUGUCUAAAAACUAAAGCUGCAUUGUUAAUAGUUAAUUAGAAGCCAUGACAGAGUGGUUUGCAGGAUCCUAGACAGAAGUUUUAUCAUUGUCACGAUCGCUACUCCGCCUCUUGAGGGUGCUCCAGCCCUUCCUCGUUCUACCUCAUUCCCCA